UCCUCGAACGGGAUAUAAAUGCUAGCAGAUGUAAACAUCUCUAGUAUCAGAGCAGCGGACCGAGUCGGCAAACGCGCGUUCUUUGAAAUUUUUCCGAAAAUCUGGACAAACUACCGCGUACGAACUAACGUACGCCCCGAAGAUGGCGCUUUUAUCGGAGAGCUAAUUCCAACUUACCGGAACGCUGCCAGUGACUCUCACGCGCUUCUGGAACGGCUCCUCGAGCUUCUGCUCGCGGAAUUGGAAGAAUCGCGAAGCAAACUCUGAGAAAGGGGCAACCGAUCUAUUCUAUGUAGCUGCUUGAACGCGAUUCUUCGCCGGGAUAGAAAUCGCGACGAAUCGAUCGAUAGAUUUCGCCGGUAGAGAAGAGUUUGCAAGACGGACGAAGGUUGCGUCAUAUAAUUGGUCGACCGUCGAAUAUCGAAUAUCGAGUAUCGGGCAUCGGGCAUCGGGCAUCGGGCAUCGAACACGGCCAGCACAGUCUCCCCGCUCGGAGAGCCUCUGACCGCGGGCUACGUGACGGGUGGACGGGAGGUAGGGAGGCUGGUAGAGUACCUACUUACCGCGUUGUCAGAGGGCGUCGACAAAGUCGGCUGAUCCUACGUGGAAGCGGCCGAACGGGACGAAACGGGCGCACGAGGUGGCGAGUGUGUUGGCGCGAGUGGGGAUCGGAGGGGCGAGAGCGGAGCUCUAAACACCGUCGGCCGGGGGAAUCGUCUACGAGCCGCGCAGCACGGAAACCGUCGGUGGGGAUGUUGGUAAGCGGAACGACCAUCUUGCGAGAUUCAGUCGGAAACCAACUGCCGAGCAGUAAGGGAAGGUAAACGAAGAGAACCGAUGCGUUAGUCGAAGGAUUUUUAAUGCGCUUCCGAGCCCGGAUACCGCUACCCGCGAGUACAACGGAGCACCGAGCAGCGUCGCGAGAUUUUCGCGAACGGAGAAGAAGGCCCGGUUUAACCGGCGAACAAACUCCGAGGAGAGGAGAGGAAUCGAAGGAGGAGCGGACGUAGGCGAGGUUUGUCGGCUGUCGACGAAUCGGGAAAUUCACUUUUUCCGAUCAGAGAUUCGCCCACUGUGGAGGAACGCAAUCGGAUCGAAGGUAGUCGGAAGAGAAGUUGAUCGGUUGAUACACCGUGUGGUCGGGGCGCGCGCCAACACCAACGAGACCAGGACCACCGCCGAGCUGGUUGGAACGGAACGGAACGGAACGACACGGAGCGGAGCGAAGCGGAAAGGAAAGCUGCGUGCGAAGGAAAAGCAACGGCAACGAGAAAAGUGUGCAGUGUCAAAGUCUGUGAUAGUAUUUAUUCGAAUCAUACGAGCUACACGACGCGCGCGCGCGCGCGUAUCAUCGACUACACAACAGCGUCUUCUGUCGUUCGAAGAAACCGUCGGAGCGAACAGGCCGGAGAAGAGUAGAUAGCCUUUAUAUAUUUAUUUAUAUCUGUGAUACCGACACUGAUAUACAUCGAUCUAUCCCGGGAGAGUACGCGUCGGUAGGAGGAGAGGCACCGAAUAUUCGAGGGAACCGUAAACCCGCGGAGAAAUAGGCAUAUUCGAGAGCAGACGAAUAAUAGAGAGGAACAGAGAGGAACAGAGAGGAACAGAGAGGAACAGAGAGAAGAAUACAGGAAAGAGGAGGAGGGCAGAUACGAACAGAGAGAAACACGCCUUAUCAUCGAACGGAGAGAGGCGUGUGUGUUGCGUGUGCGUGUGCAGAAGCGAUCGCCGAACCGAGUGCUCGCCUGGAACGAAGAUUUAUAUCAGUAUCUCUUAGUGUAUAUAGAUGUUUUUGUAUAUACGACUGACUCUUUUUUACAAUUAUUGAUACCGAGUUAAGGGAACGUUCCAUCGUUGUUCGACGAUAAAGAAGAUAUAGAAGAUAUAGAAGAUAAAGGAGUCGCGGGAGAAGAGAAAUUUGGAACUCUCUGGACAUUGCACCGUGCGAUUGUUGCGGGCAAAAAUGGUGGAAAAAAUUUUGGAGGAGAGAGAGGACGGAUGUGCGGAGGUUGCAAGAGAAGAUCCGAGCUGCAUCAGCAGAGAUACCGUGAAUACAUCUGGGGAAUCCAUGAGCGCCGUGCACGCUCGACAAGAAGAAGCCAGGCGCAAAAGACGCAAGAAGAAGCGUUCUGGAUCCUCUUUGAUGUCUUCCUGUUUCCAAGAACUGUACAAGUUGACCGGUGAAGUUCUCGGAGAGGGUGCUUACGCCUCGGUACAGACUUGCAGGUCUCUGUACACGGAUCUCGAGUACGCCGUGAAGAUAAUCGACAAAAUACCGGGUCACGCGCGUACACGCGUAUUUAAAGAGGUCGAAACCUUCCACCAUUGCCAGGGACAUCCAAAUAUUAUUCAAAUGAUCGAAUUCUUCGAGGACGAAGAGAAAUUUUAUCUCGUAUUCGAGAAAGUUAACGGAGGUCAAUUGUUGAGCCGCAUUCAAGAAAGGAUUCAUUUCAGUGAACGAGAAGCGAGUCAAAUAGUCAAGGAGAUAGCCAGCGCGUUAAACUUCCUUCACAAGAAAGGAAUCGCUCAUAGGGACCUGAAGCCGGAAAACAUAUUAUGCGUGUACCCGGACCAGCUGACACCGAUCAAAGUCUGCGACUUUGAUCUCGGUUCGGGUAUCAAGUUCAACAACUCGCUGUCCAGUCCUGUGGCCACGCCACAGCUUCUGACACCGGUGGGAAGUGCCGAUUUCAUGGCUCCGGAGGUCGUCGAAGCUUUCAUCGGCGAAGCCAAUUAUUACGACAAACGUUGCGAUCUUUGGAGUCUCGGGGUGAUCAUGUACAUCCUUCUGUGCGGAUACCCGCCGUUCUACGGGAAUUGCGGUACCGACUGCGGCUGGGAGAGAGGAGAGAAUUGUCAAGCUUGCCAGGAGAUGCUCUUCACCAGUAUUCAGGAGGGCAGGUACGAAUUCCCGGACAGCGAAUGGAGAUGCAUUUCCGAAGACGCGAAAGAUCUGAUCAGAGGCCUACUCGUCAAGAAAGCCCACCAAAGGUUGAGCGCCGAAUCCAUUCUGAAACAUCCGUGGAUCAAUCCCGGCCCUACCUCGGUCGAGAACACCGAGAAAUCUCUCACCACUCCUCACAUUAUCAGGAGGAAUAAUUCAGCGAGGGAACUAUCGACUUUUGCCGAAUCGGCAAUGGCUGUGAAUCGUGUGGUACUUCAACACUUCUCCGUAAAUCUAGAGGAACUGACGGAGAACAGAGAGCCGAGAUUAUCGACUUCGUCGACCGACGAGGAUAAUCAUCCUUACGGGCACAUGUCCGAUUCGAGCAGCGAGUUGUCCGAACACAGCAAACUGUGCGCGACUCAUUCUUCCGGCGAGUUCGAAGGGAACAACGCGCCUCAAGACUGUUGCUCGGUCCGUUCGAGCAUCGAUCUGUCCGACCCGAAAACCAUCGGCAAGAAUCGUCUGAUCGGCAAAGAAUCUUCGCUGCAUCGGCUGUUCGGAUUGUCGCCGCCCAGCGAGAGUCGAUUGAUGCAGCGACGUUUGAAAGCACGCUCGGACCUGCUCGUACGGCAAACCAACAAAGCGAUUAUCGCCUCUCCGAGUGGCUGAGUGCGCACGCCCUUCCAUCUCUGCGCGGUAACGCGUCUCCUUUCUUGGUAGCGUUGUACAUUCGUAUUUACACGUCUCUGCCCGCGUACAAGAAUACGAAAGAACGCGUCUGCAGCAGCAAUGUUAUCUAUCGCGACGGUUUGCCAACGAUAACGAUACGAUUAAACGCGCGCGACUCUAGACGAUUUGGCUGGUUUAACGACUCGCGAGGACAAUGAUUCCACCCCCGAGCAAUCUCUCGUCGUCGUCCAAGUCGACCACGACCACGAUAUUUCGGGUUACAUUGCUUUCGUGCGCGCUCUCUGCACCCUUCGAAUUUUCCAAAACACUCGUUUCGCUUACCGUAUAUGUCCGUCUCGUUCGGUUAUUCCGGGAAAUCGUAUUCAGCAAAAAUGCACGGACGAGAAUCCUUGGAUAGAUCACACCGCGAUACGAACAGUCGCGUCUCCUACGCGCGUUCAGCUUCAAUUUCGAGUUCGAGUACCAAUUAUUUGCCGUUGAUAACACGGAUAUAGAGAUAUCCGAAGAAAUACUUCCAGUGCAUGUCUUCGCGUUGCAUUUUCGUUUCCCGUGUGCAUCGAGUCUACUCGUUCGCGACGAUUCGCCGACGCAGCAGGCGUCUCACGUGCCUCUUUAAACUCGAAACGACAGUUUCACGAUAUACAUAUAUAUAUAUAUAUAUAUAUUUCGUUCGGUUUCGUGAAACCUGUAUUCGCGUCCUCGCGACGGUUUCACUCUCUUUUGUUUUAACAACUCUGGAUUUCCGACUGCCGCGGCAGUCGGAUCGUCGACGUGUUUCUCUUUCUUUUCUCCUUAUCGCGGUUUAAUGUACGCGGUCAAUGGCAACGCGCGUCGUUCUCGAAUCAGAGAUACCGAAUGGGAACGACGAAUGAGCCAAACGCGCGUUCUUUGGUGCAUGUUACG